AACUUUCGUUGCGCCCAGGGCGUUAGCAGCCUCCAGCUGAGAGCAGCGCGGUCGCGCAGGGCGGAGGACCGAGUCCAGGAGGAGGAGCUCCUCCAGGUGACCGCCAAAGACACGCCUCUCCUCCCUGUCCCGCUGCGGUGACGGCGUCCUGGGGACACAGGCUGGCCUCUGCACGGCGCGCGUUCCCCGAGCGCCCCUACGCGGAUCCCGGACGCCUCCUCUGCGCGCUGGUGUCACCCGGGCGCGCGAAGGGCCAGGCUCCGACUGUCGCCGGGAUCCAGACAGCGUCCGCGACGCAGAGCCAGGCCGCCUCGGGGACCAGCAGACACCUCGGCUCCCUCCCAAGGCUGGUGGAACAUGUUCCUGGGGACGCAGUUUGUAUGACAGUUGCUAGACUAUGUUUCCACUUCUGAUCGUACUCAGCCAGCUGACCAGACUUACCCUCGCGUUUCCUCAUUGCACAAAAAGCUUAAAGGAUUCUGAACAUGCCCGAGAAGAAGUCUUUACAACAAAAGAAGCAGCAAACGUCUUUAUGCACCGCCGCCUCCUGUACAAUAGGUUUGAUUUAGAACUCUUCACUCCCGGGGACAUGGAAAGAGAAUGCUAUGAGGAGUUUUGUAAUUAUGAAGAAGCCAGAGAGAUUAUCGGGGAUGACGAAAAAACGACUACGUUUUGGCGGGAUUAUUCGACUAAAGGACCGACCACACGAUCGGAUGUUAACAAAGAGAAAAUUGAUGUUAUGGGCCUUCUGACUGGAUUAAUUGCCGCUGGAGUAUUCUUGGUUAUAUUUGGCCUGUUUGGUUACUAUCUGUGUAUCACCAAGUGUAACAGGCAGCCGUAUCUGGGUUCUUCAGCUGUCUACACAAGAAGGGCCAGACACACACCCUCCAUCAUUUUCAGAAGCCCGGAGGAAGCUGUCUUACCUUCAUCGCCACCUUUAGAGGACGCAGGACCACCUUCCUAUGAACAGGCAGUAGCACUGACCAGAAAACACAGUGUCUCACCACCACCUCCAUAUCCUGGACCAGCAAAAGGGUUCAGGGUAUUUAAAAAGUCUAUGUCACUCCCGACUCAUUAAGCCCACCUUGCCGCCUUGCUGUAAGACAUUCAUGUGGUUUGAAUGAUUUGUUCUCCCUGAAACAAAAAAGAUUUGCCCAUUCAGCUUUUUAUGACAAACUGCAAGGAAUGAAGGAGCAAUACACACUGAACAGAAUUCACCACAGUUCUGCUUUCGGCUCAGACCGGGACUGGAUCUCUAUCAUCUUGGUAAGAGACUUGAACUUCAUUUCCUCGAAGUUAAGAAGAAAGUGCCUUUGUGCAAUGUAUGUUGUACUGGUUCAAAAGUCUGCUAUAGCUGGGUAAUGUGAUGAAUGCCUAUAAUUCUCACACCCAGGAGGCUGACUUGGGAAGGAUGAGAGUUCAAGGCCAGCCUGGGCCCUGUCAAGACCCUGUCUCAAAACAAGACAAAGUUUGUUAAUAAUUAGAAUGAGGAAACUAGGAACCGUCAAUCAUUAAUUUAAUGUCAAAUCAUGAUAUUGGAUCUUCUCUUCAUUAGGAUUUCUUUUUGGCUAAAAAUACUUCACAGAAUUUGACAUUUUGGUGUAGCUCUGUGGCCUUGAUAUAAUCACUUGCUUUUCUGAUUCAAUUGGUGCAGAGCGUCCACCAAAUUUGCAGGUCUUAGUUUUUCACUUGCUAUCCAUCAUGUUUCCGUGGGGUAAGAGGUACCAAGAGGGUUUUGUUGUUUUUUUCUAGAAAUUACUACUCAUGGGUUUAGGAGACACCUCACUUGGAAAGUGCUUGCCUUGCAAACAUAAGGACCUGAGUUCAAUCCUCAGUACCCAGGUUUGAAACAAACAAAACCACAAAACAACAACAAAAACCAUGAGUACUUGAUACAUACCUACAAUCCCAGCACUGGGUAGAAGGACAUAGGAGGCCCCCUGGGGUUGGUAGCUAGCCACUGCAGCUGAAUCAGGAACCUCCAAGUUCAGUGAGAAACUCUGUCUCAAAAAUUAAGGUGGAGCCAGUGAGGUGGUGCAUUUACCUUUAAUCCCAGCACUCAAGAGGCAGAGAUCUCUGUGAGUUUAAGGCCAGCCUGUUCUACAUUGUGAGUUCUAGGACAGCUGGAAAGCCUGCCUCAGAAGAACAAAAGCAGAAAACAAUGUCCAGUGGUAGGAGCACAAGCCUUUAAUCAGCAUGCAGGAGGCCAAGGCAGGAGGAUCUCUGUGAGUUCGAGGUUGGCCUGAUCUAUAGAACUAAUUCCAGUACAGUAAGUGCUACACAGUGAAACCCUGUCUCAAAAACCAUUAAAAAAUUAAAUUAAGUUAAAGAUGAAUUAAGGUGGAGAGCAACUGAAGAAGAUACCAAUAUCAACUUUUGGCCUCUACAUACAUGUGUUCGCAUGCAUGUGCACACACACAUGCACAAUAUUGAGCUGGAAGUUGAGUGACAGAAUAGUAGAGGCAAGUGGUUGAGCUCUUACUUCAUAUGUAUGAGGUUAGACUCCUCAGCAUUACCAACUAAAGUCACCAGAAAGCCUUUCCAGCUUGUGUGUGUGUGUGUGUGUGUGUGUGUGUGUGUGUGUGUGUGUGUGUGUGUGUGUAUGCUGGAGACUGAACCAGAGCAUCACAUAUGCUAAGCACAUGCUGUAUCAUUAAGUUAACUCUCAGUCUCCCUCAUUUUUUCUAGUACAUCUUAACACAUGGAAAACAUACUAUAGUUUCAACAGAUACUUUUCUGUUGUAGUCCUAUAAAUGACCAGUUCUUCCUCAGGAAUGUAGAAGAGGAGCUCAGUGGAAAAGUCCGUGCUUAACAUGUGUGCAAGACCCUGGGUUAGAUCCUCAGCACCCAAACAGAACGAAAAUGUAGCAGAAUGUGACUCACAAGCGGAGCACACGCUCCCUAAUUUACAUGCCUGUCUAUUUCAGUGACUCACAAGCGGAGCACACGCUCCCUGACUUACAUGCUUGUCUAUUUCAGUUCAUUUGCUUGUCAUGUGUCAGGGUACUAUAUGCUCUGGGGUCAAGGAACUUGAACUCUUGAAAAAUUGACUAGACACCAGAGAAGGUGGUGCACACCUUUAAUCUCAGCACUUGGGAGGCAGAGGCAGGCGGAUCUCUGUGAGUUCGAGGCCAGCCUGGUCUACAGAGUGAGUUCCAGGAUAGGCUCCAAAGCUACACAGAGAAACUCUGUCUCGAAAAACCAUAAAAAGAAAGAAAAGAAAAGCUGACUAGAAAAAAAAUUUGUGGUCUUCUUUGUUGUUUGUUUCUGUCAGACAUUUCCCUAUUCUUUAAGAUUCUUUAUAAAUUGUUACUUUGUUUUAUGAUGUUAUAGAGUUGAGAUCACAACCUUGCUUGCAUUUGAUAAUUACACCCAAAUUAAAUAUUUAGAAAAUCCACAUCAUUUUGCAGCGUUUGUGAAUGUGAAUGUGUGUGUGCCUUUCUUUUAUAGCAUUGUAAUCUGUGUUACACCAGUGUAACACACCAGCAGUCUCAGCACUUAGGAGGCAUAGGCAUGAGGAUCACAAGUUUGAGGCCAGCCUGGGCCACAUACUUAGUUCAAGGGUCACCCGGAGUAAUUAGUGAGAUCUUGUCUCAGGUAAAGCAAAACAAAACACAAGACAGCAUGAUCUUCAUUAAGGCAGAUAAAAGGAAGAUGUCAGUUGUUAGAGAGUGGCAAAGCUUUAUCCUUUUACAUUUUCAGACUUGUUGGCUGCUGGUCACAAGUAAAUCAUCUAUCAACACCUCCAUGUAAUUAGAAGUAUUUUCAAGCCACCCAUAUUACCUAUAAAGUUCUGCUGUUCUUUGCAUCUUCCCUUCCCUGGUAUAACUGUGUGCUUUACACUGACUUUAAUUCUCUUUUUAAAAGGUUACUAGAACUGACGUUGCUCACUUUGUAACAAUCAGAGUUAAGGCAGGAUUGCUUGAAGUCUACCAGGUUGGUGAAAGCUGGUUUUGCAAUGAGUAACCCACUUAUCUAGUCCCAUCCCACACUUCACAGGGGAGCAUAAUCCUAAGCCUAGAGGACAAGUAGACAUAUAAAGAUAUGAGAGAGUUGGAGAGAUUGUUCAAGUGGUUAAGAGCAUUUGCUGCUCUUCCAGGAGACCCAAGUUUGGAUCCAAGCACCCAUGUUGGGCUGCUCACAGCCACCUGCAAUGCCGUCUCUCAGGUGUCCAGUGACUUCUUCUGGUCUUUUCAGGCACCUGCACUCAUGUGGCAUACACUCACACAGACAUGCACACAUACAGAUAAAUUUAAAACUAUUACUUUUAUUUUAUUUUGGUUUUCUGAGACAGGGUUUCUUCUUGUAGUCCUGGCUGUCCUGGAACUCCGUCUGUGGACCAGGCAAGCCUGGAACUCAGAGAUCCACCUGCCUCUGCCUCCCAAGUGCUGAGAUUAAAGUGUGUGCCACCAUACCUGGCAUAUAUAUAUACACACACACAUAUAUGAAAUUUAUUUUAAAUUUACAGUGCUGGGGGUCAGGGCCUUGCUCAUGGCAGGGAAGAGUUUUACCCCAGCUUACACACACCUCCGUACCCUGUAUCUUUUACUGAAUCCUAAUUUGAACUAUUCUAUUGACUCCCCAAGUCUAACCCCAAAGUUAGCUUCAGGACAUACCUGUGACAGCCUCACCUUGUCCCACUGGCAGCCUUAUAUUUACCAUCUAACCCUAACUUGAAGGGCUCUUGAAUUCACCACGAACACUGGGGGGAAAUCACUGGUAUUUCUAGAGCAUCUAGAUGUCAUGAUACUUUGAAUACAAACAGAAAAAUGUAAUAGAACCCUCGUUAGCAGGCCCCGGGCAACUGGAGGGGAUUUCUCAGCCACAGACACAGCCUUCCGUGCCACUGGUGGUCUCCUUCCGUGCGGUGUGUUUGGUGCUGAGGUCUUUGUGUGGUCACUGUGGGGCGUUUUAUUUAGUCUUGCUUCUUCUCUGGGCAAUGGCUGGAUGUUAAACAUUAAAUCUGUUUCCACAAAGGUUUUAUAUACGACUUUCUUUCCGUUACAAUUAGGAAAUGAACGGAAUAUGGCUAUAAUUAGAUUUGAAAGAGACAAAGACACAGUUAUAAAACUCUACAUUUGGUAGGACAAAAAAAAAAAAAAAGAGUACAAGCCUUGGCUGUGGGAGUUGCACAUCUGUUAAUAAUGUGCUCCUGAGUGAGGAGGACGGGGAGGGAUGCUCUCAGAACAAUCCAAAGCUGGAGAGGGUCACGGUCCUCUGCACCUUUGGGCCCCCGUUUACCUCCAGACUUUCUUCUUUUUGUGUGUUGGUGUUGGUGUUGGUAAUCAAGCCCACAGCCUUGUACGUGCCAGACAAACACUCUCGCAGUGGUUUGAACUAACAUCCCUCCUUCCUUGCAUUGGUCUCCGAAUUUCUAAUCGGAUUUUUUUUCUAUUUCUCAAAUAAUUGAUUUGUGUGUAUACUCCUCCUAAAUGUGCAAGAGAAUUUUAAUGCUAAAAGUUACUUGUGCUUAACAAAAGCUCAUAUUAGUCAUAAUAUUUUUGUUUUAAUCAGAUGUAAAAUAAAUUUUACUAGUUGUUUGAUCUGAAAUGGAUGACAUUUAUACUAAUAGAGGAAUGUCUAGUAUUUCUGUAAUUCUUUUUUUUUAGGAUUAGAUUUUUUGGAGACAGACAUGGUUAUGCCAGGAAUAGUAGUACUUGAGAAACAGAGGGAAGAAGAUUGAUGCAGGUUCAAGGCCAGCCUUGACCAGAAUGAGACCAUCUUAAAAAAAAAAAAAAAUGAGCCGGGCGGUGGUGGCGCACGCCUUUAAUCCCAGCACUUGGGAGGCAGAGCCAGGCGGAUCUCUGUGAGUUCGAGGCCAGCCUGGGCUACCAAGUGAGUUCCAGGAAAGGCGCAAAGCUACACAGAGAAACCCUGUCUCGAAAAACCAAAAAAAAAAAAAAAAAAAAAAAAAAAAAAAAAAAAAUGAAAAGAAACAAAGAAAGAACUAGGAAAGAAAAUCAAAGCCAAACACUGAGGGAAGAGUGGUAGAAUACAUACUUAGCUUACACCAGGCACCUGGGUUUGAUCCCCAACACCAAGUGAACAAAUUUAAAUAAUGGGCUGAAGAGAAGGCUCUGUGGGUAAAGGCACUUGCUGCCAAGAUGGCAGUUCAAUCCCUAGGUCGCACAUAGUUGAAGGAAAGAACUUACUCCUGCGAAUUGGUAUCUGAUGACUUCCACAUGUGUGCAGUGGCCUGCAUACAUCACUACCCUCCAAUAAGUAAAUAAAUGCAAUUAAAAUUUUUUUAAUUAAAAUAAGAUAGAAAUAAAAAUCAUUACUUUUGUAGAUAUUGUCUCUGGUCAACGGGAAUAUGUAUGAUAUAUGUUGACGCCUUCAGUCUGAUGGACUGCGUUUCUGCCGUGUUUGGGGUUUACAAACAUUGUUUUAACAGUUUGAUGUUAACCAGUACAAGUGUAUCAGUAUUUGUAUUAUCUGGAAAAAGCAACCCAUUUUUUAAUGCAUAGCCUUCCUGAAACAUAACUGUGUUUUAUUUUAAUGAACUUCUUGUUACAUUUACUUUUUAUACAUGUGAAUAAACUUUAUACUAAGUCAUAUUUAUUGCUUAUUCUAUAAUGACUCGCAUGUGAUAUUGUGCAGGUUAAACCUGACCAACUAAUUGCAUGUUUUCAAAAUAAUGUUUAUAGCAUAUAUAUCUUUGAUUUGGCUGGGCCAGCAUCCUAUUUAAAUGAUUGAGCUACAGCUGUGUGGGUGUUAUUGUUUAAUAAAGUUUUAAUAUUUAAUACAC